GGGAAAUUGUUGGAAAGUCAAUGCCAAUUUGAUUAGUGCGGCUGAGAGCUGGGGUGGGAAUCUGGGCUGUUGAAAAUGGCUACGUAGCAAGGGAACAACAUGAAGGCGGAAGCAACCCUGGUGCCUCUGCCUGCCUGCCUUCCAGAUCCCGCAACCCGGACCCCAUCGAUAAUCGCGGCCUCGUCCGACGAAGACGAGGAUCACGAACCAUUAUAUAGACUACAGUGCGGAUCUGCCACUGCGCAACCCAACAGCCUGCCUUUCAUGAUCGUCCAGUCUCGCGAAAUCUCAGUGUACUGCGGUAGCAGUCCACUCUCACGCAUCCGGCGCAGCGAGCGUUCUAUAAAGGCUUGCAUCGUCUUAUGACUCGAGCUGUUAAUUGCCCCGAGCGCCCCCCGGUCCGCUUGCGGUUCCGAUCUCAGUCUUAGGCUCAUGCGGUGGAAACGACACGAGGUUUUGUUCGUUGUUGUACUUCGAGAUUCAGCUGACACUUGUGUAAGCAGGCACGUACUAUACAUUCGUAGAAUUUGCAAUCCUCUGGGCAGAAGGAGAAUCGGGGAAACAGAGACAGGGGAGGGACACUGGUGCUCGUCAUCGGCUGGAGCGAGCGAGGAAAAGAAGAAUCACUGACAGUCAUUCACUUCGCCCAUGAAUCCGGUGCCGAGCGGUCCAACGCCAAUGCGAACGCAAACCAGGGACGAGAACGAGGACGAGGACACGGCGGUCGAGGGAGGAGGAGGAGAAGACGAGCGGCAUUUCUGGCACUCUCAGUAUCAAACGGCCAGGAAGAUGUUCAACAGGGUGAAGCACAAGGUCCGAACUUCAGACUGGUCCGCCUUCGGUCACGGAUUCGGACACGGACACGGAUUUGGACAUGGAACCGAGGAGGGCCAGGAACAACAUGAGCAGCAACAGCAACGCCAGGGUCCUGGACAGACGGAUCUGGAGGCAUCGGGUGGGGGCCGAGGAGAUGGGCUGAUCGACUCAUUCUACGAGUCGCUGGGGCUGGGGCUGCGCAAUCUGGAGAAUGCGCUGAGCGCGAACGAUAGCGUGAGCUUCCAGUUGGAGUGGCUCGUGCUCGGGGUCUCGUUCCUGCACUCGGUGCACGCCGACACGUUCGCGCUCGUCGAGACGGAGUGGCUGCCGGCGGCGUCGGUGCUGGGGCCCGACUCGCUGAGCGACUAUCUGGACGUGAGCAUGAGCCUGCUGGACACGUGUAACAAUCUCAAGGAGGCGCUGAGUCAGCUGGAGACGUAUCAGAUGAGCAUGGACUUGAUUCUCCGGCGCCUCAUGGCUGCUGCGUCGCAGCUGCAGUCGCUCGAGGCUUCGAUGGGCGACGGCACCGUCGACGGCGGAGGAGACGGCGUCGUCGAUUCCUCGUGCUUUCUGCAGCCGCUGAGCGAGUGCAAGCGCGAGCUGGACCUGCUCGAUGCCUCGAGCGAUUCGUACAAUUUGUGGGUGGAAUUGGUUCCGAAAUACGAUCUGGGCCAGGAGAAGAUUCUCAAGGCCGAGGGCACUCUGCCUCGCACGUACAGCGUCUACCCUCUGCCCGCGACUCCGGUGAAGAAGAAAAAGCGAGAGGCGUCCGUCGUGCUGUACGAUGUGCAGGUGGUGACGAGCUUCGUGUCGUGCAUUCUGCUGUGGCUCGUCACGGGCCAGGGCCAAGACGAGGAGUCGUCUCCCACGCGGAUCCAGCUCGUCGUGUCGUCCAAGCCCGGCCUGAAGGAGCCUCGAGCCUCGCCGUGGCCCUCGAUUCUGUUUCGUUUGAAGGACAAGGUGGAGCAGAGCAUCGAUUACAUCCGCAAGUCCAGUAACAACCCGGGCUGCAGCUUCAUGAAAUUCCAAGAUCUGAGCAGUCUGCAGAGCUCUUUGAAGACCCUGCGUGCCGAGCUCGAGCGCGGGCUUCGAGAGAAGCAGUUCGCCCGCGGCUCCGAGUUCGCCACGAGAAUGAAGACUGUUCUGGAGCAGAAGAAGCAGAAGCUGACGGAACUGACCCGGAGCUUGGAGAGAAUCUCCGCCCAGUUGAAUGAGAUGUUUUCCGAGAUCCUCGAGCGGAGGAAGAAAGUGCUCGAUAUUUGCGAAAGUCGCCCCCCUCUGUACCAUGCCUUCUCGAUCUGAUCCAUGUCCGAAUUGAAAUUCUCCUCGGCUGUACCGCCUCAUUUCUGGGUAUCACAUGUGGUCUACAGCCAGCUACUGGCAGCGAGUGAUGGUGAUCAAUACGAUGACAUCCUUAUCGCCUUUCUUUCAGGGCUCGGUUUAUCACGGAAACUCAUCAUACUGGACCCAGUCGGUGCAUUGGAUCGUGGCGAGACUCAUGAUCGUUCGCAUGAGCGCUUCUUCCUCCCCAUUGUACUUCUGUACAUAGUCUUCAUCGGAUUCUUUUCGGGGGAGAUUCUGAUACUGGCACCUUACUUCUCGAAACCUAUGCUCUAGGAUUGUACACUAAGUAGAUUAGAACGUGAUACGUGCAGGUCUUACACUAGCUUGUCUAUGGACGGACAGGACGCUGGUGCUUUGGACAUUCGGUGUGUCAGAUGAACGAGCUUCAGAGGGACCAUCAUAUUUUUGAGACAGGGCCGUGCCCAUGGAUCUACGAGAAUACAAGGAUCAAAGUUUGACGCUUUUUGAUACAAUGAGCUUCACCUAGAUCUAUCUUUGUUCAAAAUGUUGAAGGAUUGAUUGAGACCCAUGUGACAAGAAUCAGACGAUCAAGCACCGAUGUAAUAGAGGGCGGCUCAGAAUUGUCAACCAUGUACAUUUAUUCCCACUGUAUACAACUUCUGUAAAUGUGUACAAACUUUGUCUCGUGUUCUCUUUGGCACAGUUCCACCUCUACACUACCUUUGGAUGAUAGUGUACAAUUGCUGAGCCCGAAGACUCCAUCCGUGUCCGCGGGCAUCGUUUGUUACACUUGAAAAAGAAAAUUCUAGAAUUUCAUAGCGGGACAAAGCAAUUUUAGAGGUCAACCAUAAUC